AUAGGGAAUGAAGCGGUUCUGGGGGGGGGGAGCCUGAGAGUAACGGAUAAUGCUGGGUUUGGUUGGAGUGGGCGGGGUUGGUAUAAAAGGGGCGGUGCUGGGUUCGGUUGAGGCGGCAGCAGCAUCAGUGCGGACUCUGAGGGGCGAAACAAGGCGAAAACACUGACCGACUUUCAGAAGAAACUGCAGCCUUAGAAUUGGACGCGCUGGACACGGACAUAGUCAUCUCUUCAUAUACGGAGCUCUCAUCGCCAGCUGCCCUUUGUGGCCUACGUUUCUAGUCCCCAAUGCCGGAGAUGGCUCAGCGGAGCGGGCAGGAGGACCCGGAGCGGUACCUCUUCGUGGACCGGGCGGUAGUCUAUAACCCGGCCACACAGGCCGACUGGACCGCCAAGAAGCUGGUGUGGGUUCCAUCCGAGAGGCACGGGUUCGAGGCGGCCAGCAUUCGGGAGGAGCGAGGCGAGGAGGUCCUGGUGGAGCUCGCCGAGAAUGGCAAGAAAGCUCUGGUGAACAAAGACGACAUCCAGAAGAUGAACCCACCCAAGUUCAGUAAGGUGGAGGACAUGGCUGAGCUCACCUGCCUCAAUGAGGCGUCGGUUCUCCACAACCUGAAGGACCGCUACUACUCCGGACUCAUCUACACAUAUUCCGGACUCUUCUGUGUGGUGAUAAACCCGUACAAAAACCUGCCCAUUUACUCAGAAAACAUCAUCGAGAUGUACCGUGGAAAAAAGAGACACGAAAUGCCACCGCACAUCUACGCUAUCUCAGAAUCGGCAUACAGGUGCAUGCUGCAAGAUCGUGAGGACCAGUCCAUCCUGUGCACAGGUGAAUCUGGAGCAGGAAAAACCGAAAACACUAAAAAAGUCAUUCAGUACCUGGCACAUGUCGCUUCCUCGCACAAAGGAAGGAAGGAUCACAACAUUCCUCCAGAGUCUCCUAAAGCUGUCAAACUCCAGGCAAGUUCCUCCUGCAUCGUCUCCCUGCUGUAUGGAGAGUUGGAGAGACAGCUCCUGCAGGCUAAUCCCAUCCUGGAGUCAUUUGGUAACGCCAAGACGGUGAAGAAUGACAACUCGUCACGUUUUGGGAAGUUUAUCCGAAUCAACUUUGACGUGACUGGGUACAUUGUGGGGGCCAACAUCGAGACCUAUCUCCUGGAGAAGUCCAGAGCUAUUCGUCAGGCCAAAGACGAGAGAACUUUCCACAUCUUCUACCAGCUGCUGGCUGGAGCAGGAGAACAUCUGAGAUCUGAUCUCCUGCUGGAGGGCUUCAAUAAUUAUCGCUUCCUCUCCAACGGAAACAUUCCCAUUCCUGGCCAACAGGACAAAGACAACUUCCAGGAGACCAUGGAGGCCAUGCACAUCAUGAGCUUCUCCCAUGAAGAGAUCCUAUCCAUGCUGAAGGUGGUAUCAGCUGUGAUGCAGUUUGGCAACAUCGUGUUCAAGAAGGAGAGAAACACAGACCAGGCCUCUAUGCCUGAGAACACCGCUGCGCAAAAGUUGUGUCACCUGUUGGGGAUGAAUGUGAUGGAGUUCACUCGUGCCAUCCUGACCCCAAGAAUUAAAGUGGGACGAGACUACGUUCAGAAAGCACAAACUAAAGAACAGGCUGACUUUGCGGUUGAAGCUCUGGCCAAAGCGACAUACGAGCGUCUUUUCCGCUGGCUCGUCCACCGAAUAAACAAAGCUCUGGACCGAACCAAGCGGCAGGGUGCCUCGUUUAUUGGCAUCCUAGACAUCGCUGGAUUCGAAAUCUUCCAGUUAAACUCGUUUGAGCAGCUGUGUAUUAAUUACACUAAUGAAAAGCUGCAGCAGCUGUUCAACCACACCAUGUUCAUCCUGGAGCAGGAGGAGUAUCAGCGCGAGGGCAUCGAGUGGAGCUUCAUCGACUUCGGCCUCGACCUGCAGCCCUGCAUCGAGCUCAUUGAGAGGCCGGCGAAUCCUCCGGGUGUUCUGGCUCUGCUGGAUGAGGAGUGCUGGUUCCCCAAAGCCACAGAUAAGACGUUUGUGGAUAAGCUGGUGCAGGAGCAGGGUUCUCACGGCAAGUUCCAGAAACCACGGCAGCUCAAGGACAAAGCCGACUUCUGCAUCAUACACUACGCUGGGAGGGUGGAUUAUAAAGCAGACGAGUGGUUAAUGAAGAACAUGGACCCUCUGAACGAUAACGUGGCGACGCUGCUGCACCAGUCCACUGAUAAAUUUGUGGCAGAGCUUUGGAAAGACGUGGACCGUAUCGUGGGACUGGAUCAGGUGGCCGGAAUGAACGAAACUGCGUUCGGGGCGACGUAUAAAACGAAGAAGGGAAUGUUCCGGACUGUCGGCCAGCUUUACAAAGAGUCUCUGACCAAGCUGAUGGCCACGCUGAGGAACACCAACCCCAACUUUGUCCGCUGCAUCAUCCCCAACCACGAGAAGAGGGCGGGUAAACUGGAACCUCACCUGGUCCUGGAUCAGCUCAGAUGUAAUGGUGUGCUGGAGGGAAUCAGGAUCUGCAGACAGGGCUUCCCCAACCGCAUCAUCUUCCAGGAGUUCAGACAAAGAUACGAGAUCCUCACUCCUAACGCCAUCCCGAAGGGCUUCAUGGAUGGUAAACAGGCGUGUGAACGGAUGAUCCAGGCUCUUGAAUUGGAUCCGAAUCUGUACCGGAUCGGUCAGAGUAAGAUAUUUUUCCGGACCGGAGUUCUGGCUCACCUGGAGGAGGAGCGCGACCUGAAGAUCACAGACAUCAUUAUUUACUUCCAGGCCAUGUGUCGAGGAUACCUGGCUCGCAAAGCCUUUGCGAAGAAGCAGCAGCAGCUGAGUGCUCUGAAGGUUCUCCAGAGGAACUGUGCUGCUUACCUGAAACUGCGUCACUGGCAGUGGUGGAGACUCUUCACCAAGGUGAAGCCUCUGCUCCAGGUGACUCGUCAGGAGGAGGAAAUGCAGGCGAAGGAUGAGGAGCUGGUGAAGGUGAAGGAGAGACAGGUGAAGGUAGAGAAUGAACUGGUGGAAAUGGAGAGGAAGCACCAGCAGCUAAUGGAGGAGAAGAACAUCCUGGCGGAGCAGCUGCAGGCGGAGACAGAGCUGUUUGCCGAGGCGGAGGAGAUGAGAGCUCGGUUGGUGGCAAAGAAACAGGAGUUGGAGGAGAUCCUACACGACCUGGAGUCCCGUGUGGAGGAGGAGGAGGAGCGCAACCAGACACUUCAGAAUGAGAAAAAGAAGAUGCAGUCGCACAUACAGGACCUAGAGGAGCAGUUGGAUGAAGAAGAAGCUGCUCGACAGAAGCUGCAGCUGGAGAAAGUAACUGCGGAGGCCAAGAUAAAAAAAAUGGAGGAGGAUCUGCUGCUCUUAGAGGACCAAAACUCAAAAUUCCUAAAGGAGAAGAAGCUGUUGGAGGAACGGGUGGGUGAGAUGACCUCUUUAUUAGCUGAGGAAGAAGAGAAGGCCAAGAACCUCGGCAAGGUGAAGAACAAGCAGGAAAUGAUGAUGGUCGACCUGGAAGAGCGUCUGAAGAAGGAGGAGAAGACCCGGCAGGAGUUGGAGAAGGCCAAGAGGAAGCUGGAUGGAGAGACGACAGAUCUUCAGGAACAAAUUGCUGAACUUCAGGCUCAGAUUGACGAACUCAAGGUCCAACUGGCCAAAAAAGAGGAGGAACUUCAGGCUGUGCUGGCCAGAGGAGAUGAGGAAGUGGCCCAGAAGAACAAUGCUCUGAAGCAGGUGAGGGAGCUCCAGGCUCAGCUGGCUGAGCUUCAGGAGGAUCUGGAGUCGGAGAAAGCAGCUCGGAAUAAAGCGGAAAAGCUGAAGCGGGAUCUGAGCGAGGAGCUGGAGGCUCUGAAGACUGAACUGGAGGACACGCUGGACACCACGGCUGCUCAGCAGGAGCUCAGGACUAAGAGAGAACAGGAAGUGGCUGAGCUGAAGAAGGCGAUUGAUGAAGAAGCUCGAAAUCAUGAGUCUCAGAUUCAGGAGAUGAGACAGAGACAUGGUACAGCUCUGGAGGAACUCUCUGAACAACUGGAGCAGGCCAAGAGGUUUAAGUUGAACUUGGAGAAGAGUAAGCAGACUCUGGAGGGUGAUAAUAAGGAGCUGGGCAGUGAAGUGAAGGUGCUGCAACAGGCCAAACUGGAAUCCGAGCACAGACGCAAAAAGCUGGAGGCGCAGCUGCAGGAGGUUCUCUCUCGAGUCACUGAGGGAGAGAGGAACAAAGGAGAACUGACAGAGCGUGCACACAAACUACAGACGGAGUUGGAGAACGUGUCUGCUCUGUUGGAGGAUGCUGAGAAAAAGGGCAUCAAACUGGCUAAAGAUGCAACGAGUCUCGAGAGCCAGCUACAGGACACACAGGAAUUGCUCCAGGAGGAGACGCGUCAGAAGCUGAAUUUGAGCAGUCGGAUUAGACAGCUGGAGGAGGAGAAGAACAAUCUGCAGGAGCAGCAGGAGGAAGAGGAGGAGGCAAGGAAAAACCUGGAGAAACAACUGGCAACCCUGCAGGCUCAGCUGUGUGAGACAAAAAAGAAGCUGGAGGAUGAUGUGGGCACAGUGGAGGGUCUGGAGGAGGUGAAGCGGAAGCUGCAGAAGGACGUUGAGGCGUGUAACAUGCGGCUGGAAGAGAAAGUUCUGGCCUUUGAUAAACUGGAGAAAACGAAGACACGACUGCAGCAGGAGCUGGACGACCUCACGGUCGACCUGGACCACCAGAGGCAGAUCGUCUCAAACCUGGAGAAGAAACAGAAAAAAUUCGACCAGAUGCUGGCGGAAGAGAAGAGUAUUUCAGCACGUUAUGCAGAGGAGCGAGACCGUGCGGAAGCUGAGGCGAGGGAGAAGGAGACGAAGGCGCUGUCAUUGGCGCGAGCGCUGGAUGAAGCUCUCGAGGCGAAAGAGGAGUUUGAGCGAUUGAACAAGCAGCUGCGUGCUGAGAUGGAGGAUCUGAUGAGCUCGAAGGAUGACGUGGGAAAAAAUGUGCAUGAGCUGGAGAAGUCGAAGCGCACCCUGGAGCAGCAGGUGGAGGAGAUGCGCACUCAGCUGGAGGAGCUGGAGGAUGAGCUGCAGGCCACCGAAGACGCCAAACUGCGCUUAGAAGUGAACAUGCAGGCCAUGAAGGCUCAGUUUGAACGCGACCUGCAGGCCAGAGACGAGCAGAACGACGAGAAGAAGAGACUUCUGGUCAAACAGGUGCGUGAGAUGGAGGCAGAGCUGGAAGACGAAAGGAAGCAGAGAGCUCUGGCUGUGGCUGCAAAGAAGAAGCUGGAAAUGGACCUCAAAGACCUGGAGGCUCAGAUCGAGGCGGCCAAUAAAGCCAGAGACGAGGCCAUCAAACAGCUCCGCAAACUCCAGGCUCAGAUGAAGGAUUAUCAGAGGGAGCUAGAGGAAGCACGUACAUCUCGAGAUGAAAUCUUUGCCCAGUCCAAAGAGAAUGAGAAGAAGCUCAAGAGCCUCGAGGCUGAGAUCCUACAGCUACAAGAGGACCUGGCUGCAUCAGAGAGAGCACGGCGUCACGCUGAGCAGGAGAGGGAUGAACUGGCCGACGAAAUUUCUAACAGCGCCUCUGGAAAGUCUGCGCUGAUGGAUGAGAAGCGGCGGUUGGAGGCUCGUAUCGCUCAGCUGGAGGAGGAACUGGAAGAGGAGCAGAGCAACAUGGAGCUGCUUAAUGAUCGCUUCCGCAAAACAUCUAUGCAGGUGGACACUCUGAGCACAGAGCUAGCGGGUGAGCGCAGCACGGCUCAGAAGAGUGAGACGGCUCGACAGCAGCUGGAGAGACAGAAUAAAGACCUGAAGGCCAAACUGCAGGAGCUGGAAGGCUCGGUCAAAUCCAAGUUCAAGUCCACUAUCGCUGCCCUGGAGGCCAAAAUUCUGCAGCUGGAGGAACAGCUGGAGCAGGAGGCCAAGGAGCGGGCAGCGGCCAAUAAGAUCGUCAGACGUACGGAGAAGAAACUAAAGGAAGUGUUCAUGCAGGUGGAAGAUGAGCGCCGCCAUGCCGACCAAUACAAGGAACAGAUGGAGAAGGCGAACUCUCGCAUGAAGCAGCUGAAGCGUCAGUUGGAGGAGGCGGAGGAAGAAGCGACACGCGCUAACGCCUCCCGCAGGAAGUUACAGAGAGAGCUGGAGGACGCCACAGAGGCCAGUGAGGGUCUCAGCCGAGAGGUUAACACACUCAAGAACCGCCUCAGGCGCGGGGGUCCGGUGAGUUUCCCCUCGGGCCGUUCAGGUCGCAGGCAGCUCCAGGUGGAGGGCGAGAUCUCGGACGAUGACGCUGACAGCAAAGUGAGCGACAUGAACGAGACACUGCCACCACAGAACGAGUAACGAAGACACACAGACCCUGCCCCCUGUCCCGCUCCUUGCCCUGCCCUCUCCUCCAUUCCUCCCUACUGGCCCCCUGUGGUCUUGCAGUGACAUUACACACUCCUGUUCAAUCCUCUCUCUCAAUCUUUCACUCUCUCACACACACACACACACACACACACAGUGCUUAGUGUAUGAAAGGAAACGGAUGUAAUAUGAAGGAACGUCUUGAUUUACUGGAACACUAAUAGCGAUUAUGAUUGUUUAAAUCCAGAAAGCAGACGUGACUCUGGAAUAAUUGAUCACACAUUGUCAAGUCAUAUCAGGACUCUUAACUCGUGUGGAUUUUUUGCCUCUCAUCAGCGGUGUUAUAGCUGCUUAUUACGAAAUCAUUACACAAAAACCGUUGCAUUUUUACACCUCGUGUAAUCAGUCGACUCAAACUACAGUAAUGCCGUCAACUUUAUUAUUAUUAAGCAAAAGGGAAAAAAUUAUUAGCAGGAUUUUCACAAUAUUAUGAAUCAACGUGUGAGAGAGAUGCAUGGGCUGCUCUAGACAACACUAGAAAAUAAAUAAUUAAUACCACACACAUACGUACAUGUACAGAUCAGCUGACUGGAAACGCAGAAUAAACUGUGAGGAGGCGUUAGCUUGUUGAACAUUAUCAUAUCUCCAUUCCAUUCCAUGCUUGAGAUAGAAAGUAAAAUAAUCAAAUGUGAGUACUGGAACAUUCUGCUUUGGGAGAAUUCGUUAGAAAGCGAAAAUGUUUGGGAGAUUAUUCUGAUGAAAUGUGACUGCGAAAUGUAAAACUGCACAUGUCUGUAAAAGCCAUACACGAGUCAGACUGGAACAAAAACAAUGAGAGAAGGAAAAAUAAAUGUAUUGUUUCCAAAAACAAAACGAACGAGAAUACGGCACGCCGUGGACCUUUUUUCCUUUUCUGUUAAAGUAAUAAACCGCUGCUUUUCCCCUUUUUUUUUUAAGUGUUGGUGAAGGAAAAAUGGGAACCAUUUUCUGAAGAUCUAUUUGAAUUAGACUGGAACAUUAACGUGAAGAUUUAUCAGGCACUCGGAUUCGUUAGCGAUUAGCGCGUUCACAGAUUAGCCCGGAGUAAUGAAGCCACUACGAUGCACGUCAGUAUUAUACACAUUUAAAUCCCUAAAAUCACCCACUAGCAUGUUUACACGUGUCCACAGACACCGCACUUUCACAUUCACGCUGUUAGAAAAAUAUAUUCGGCCUUGUUCCGGAUCUCCACGAGACGUUUGCGUUUGAGCUAUGAGCCUAAUGUUGCUAACAAGUAACGGAAGCUUAUGACUACCAGUUUAGCAUGGUGCACUAAAUGUACAUGAGGAAAUCACACACUUGCUUCGGAAUAUCUUUCACUUCAGUUGUUCCUUUCUCUUCCCUCCUUUUAUUCCUUCCUGUUGUUUUUUUUUAUUAUUUUUUUUUUUAUUAUUUUUUUUUUUUUUUCUUUCUUUCUUUCACACACUUGCCUCAAAACAUGUUUCAUAUAAAUGAUAUUCAUGUUUCAUUCGUUAUCUGAAUCAUUUGUAACCCACAGACUCUGCCUUCUGACUUUAGGCCAUGCUCCCACCAGAGUCUGUUGGAUUUUUUGUUUUUCUGUGACAUUUUUCUUUAUCAAUAACAGUGACCUGAGCAUUUACUGCACCAUGAUACACUAGUGUCUGUAUUCUUCCAUUGCUUGUUCACUACAUUAGCCUCACCGCCAAAACAAAAGAAGGAAAUUUCACCCACCAAGCGUUGACAUAAAAUAAUUGGCAUAAUUUAAUUUAAGGCCAAAUGUUCUCUCAAUAAUGAUGAUGAUAAACAUGGUCUCUGUGGACGUGUGUAAAUAUCGGUGUUUAUUGACAUAACUUUAAAAAGUGCCUUAGAGUCACUAAUGAAGAAAAAAGAAGCUCCACUUGACACCUUGGUGUGUCGACAGGUGAAGAGUUUAACUGGAAGGUGAACUGAAGUGAGAAUAACAAUAAUAAACACUAUCUAACCUUUUUUUUUUUUUUUUUUUUUAAUUUUCUUUAUUCGAUUUGAUUUUUAUUGCGCUUCGAGUCAUAUCCGCUCUGCAUUUGCUCUUUUGUCGUCGUAAACCAGCUUCAGUGUUACUGCAGGAGAUAAAAAUCCUCCUCACGCAAGAUUUCGUUUGGGUUAAAAGCUUUAUAACUUCAGCCCCAUCAUCAUUCAGUGACGAUUGUCCUAAUUACAAUGAUCAUAAUCAUUAUUAUUAUUAUUAUUAUUAUUAUUAUUAUUAUUAGUUUAUUAUUGUUUAUUAUUAAUAUUAUUAUUAUUAUUAUUAUUGUUUAUUACUACUGUUAUUAUCGCUAUUAUUAUUAUUAUGAUGAUGAUCAGACUGACUGUUUGACUACCAGACGCUCAGCUGCAGAUACGCUAUAAUCCUCUCCUUUAUUCCUCUCCCUUGUAUACUGUUACUGUAUUUCUAGACAAGUGAUUCUUUUUUUUUUUUUUUU